AUGGAUAAGGUUAGGUGUUUCUCUACGGAUUCAGAGAAUCUGGGUUCGAUACUCAAUGGAGUCGCGCACUGUUUCUUUUUGGGCCUCCAAAACUGUAAAACGGAACGUUUUGAUUGUACAAAGAAACGCUGGCUAAACUGGUCACUCUUCUCCACUGUUCACUCACAUUAUACAAGGUUUUCGAACUCUUGUGUUCGCCAAAAAUUGCCCAUCAUCGUUCUCUUUCGCCCGUCGCCUAGUGCCCACGCCGACGACGCCCAGUGCCCACGCCCACGCCCACGCCCACGCCCACGCCGAAGACGCCCAGUGCCCACGUCAAAGGAUAACCGCACCCUAGUCGAUCCUGAUCUGUCUAUCGUCUGCCGUGUGUUCGUAGGAAUCGAACCGGUGCGUUUUGCGGUAGACAUGCCGCUGUCCUUUGCUCGGCUCGGAAACUCCUUGCCCUUUUCUAAGCUCUUCAGGCAGCUGGAGCAAGAGAUGGAAACUGUUGUAAAGGUACUGCAGCCUGGACCUUUGGGAAUCAUAGAGCACAAGUUCUCUGCUGAGGAGAUAAGUGAGGCGAAUGCUACAGUUGGUAAAGCAAUAGAGAAUUGGCAAAGGAAUGCAAAGCUAGAGCAGAGAAACCAAGUCUUAAAAGAUUAUGUUCAUUAGUGAAGCUGUGUGUAGGAAUACUUGUCGUCUUGUUAUGUCAUGGAUGCUUGGGUAACUAAUAUUCAGUUGAAUAUGUGAGCUCUUCUCUAUGCUUCAUUCGAGUAUGGAAUACUA